AUGUUUUUAUUAAUAUUAUUAAUAAUAACAAUAUCUUCUCUAUUAUUAUUUUGGACUGCAAUAAGGAAAAAUAAUUAUUGGAAAAAUAGAGGAAUUCGAGGACCGAAACCUUUACUAAUAAAAGGAAAUAUAGAUUUAAUUUUUGGAUAUAAUAAUCCUUUAUCUUUACAAUUAUUUGAUUGGAGUAAAAAAUAUGGAAGGAUUUAUGGAAUUAAAAAUGGAUGGUUUAAUACGUUGGUUAUUAGUGAACCAGAAAUGGUUAAAGAAUUGCUUGUUGAUAAAUUCGAAUAUUUUCAUGCAAGAGCUCUUUGCCCAAUUAUUGGUGAUGUAGACACAAAUAAAUUAAUUCAUUUAUUUUUCGCUAAAGGAAAGCGAUGGAAACGACUUCGUUCAAUUGCUAAUCCGGCAUUUUCAAUUUCUAAUUUAAAAAGAGUAAUGCCAAUAAUUGAUGAUUCUAUUAAAAUAAAUAUUAAUUUGUUAAAAGAAGCAUCAAAAGGAAAAUUUGUUGAUUUACAUGAGUGA